GCACGUGAGCCCAGUUAAAGUGACGCAGAGUGGAGAUGCUGUCACUUGUCCUCCACUCCGCGCUCGCUCCUCUUUUCCUUGCUCUUUUCUUCUCCUCUGGCGAAGACAUCAUGAAGCGAAGCAGCAACUACAGCUCGUCCGAGAGCGACCUGGACGACAACAUCGAAGUGGAGAAAGACAGCGGCGACGAAAAUGGUCCGGCCGAUUCUCACGGCUCAAUGUCACCGUCCACUACCACCACUCAAGUUCAAGCCAGAAAACGACGCAGAGGAAUAAUUGAGAAAAGAAGACGUGACCGCAUCAAUAACAGCCUGUCAGAGCUUCGAAGACUGGUGCCGAGUGCUUUUGAGAAGCAGGGCUCGGCAAAAUUGGAAAAAGCGGAAAUACUGCAAAUGACUGUGGACCAUUUGAAGAUGUUGCAUGCAUCUGGAGGCAAAGGGUACUUUGAGGCGCACGCCCUGGCGAAGGAUUACCGCAGCCUGGGCUUCAGGGAGUGUUUGGCCGAGACGGCUCGCUUCCUGAGCAUCGUGGAGGGCCGGGACGGCGCGGACCCCCUCCGCGUACGCCUGGUGUCCCACCUGAGCAACUACGCGUCUCAGAGGGAGGUGCAGGCCGGACUGGAACACUUAGCCUGGGGCUCGGCCUACGGCGGCGGCCCCGCUCCGCUCCCCCACCCGCUCCUCCUACAGCCCCCCCAGGGCAGGACGCCCGCAUCUAGAGGAAACAGUCGCCCGCCCUCCGCGUCGCCCUCCGACACCUCAGCGACGUCCAGACUCCUGCCUCCGACGGAGUCUCUCAGGGCGCCCCCCAACGGCUCGUUACCCCUCGGCGUGCCCACCUCUAAGCUCUCGCCGCCCCUCCUGUCGUCCCUCUCCUCACUGUCGGCCUUCCCCCUCUCUUUCGGCGCGUUCCCACUCGUGUCCCCGGCGGCCCUCGGUGUGGUCGGCCCCCCCUCCGCCCUGUCCAAGCCUUACAGGCCGUGGGGCACGGAGAUUGGGGCCUUUUGAAGACAACAACUGGACCGAGGGGGGGCAACAGCUGACCUGGGCUACAAACCACAUGACCAUCUGUUUUCCUAGCUAUAAUAGACAGGUGAACACAAGGAACUGGCCUUAUUUUAUUGUUUGUAAAGAAUGUUAUUGCUGAUGGACGCUACUUCCUAUUUGUUUAGAAGAAGAACUGACCUCUGGAUGAUUGUAUUUUCUGAAUUCAAAUAGAGAACUAAUUUAGCUAACAUACAAUCUGCGGUUUGAGGGCCGAUACACAUUAAUGGACUCGAUACUGAACCUUUUAAAGCUGUCGAAGAACCACGUCAUGUAUGUAAGUAUUUAAUAUAGAGUGAGAUAAUUCGGUCGGCUUGUUUAUAUCAGGACUAUUUGCAUCUGUAAUAUUUUUGUAUCAAUAAAUCGGAAUCAGAAUCA